GUGUGAAGGUCGUUCUACUUUCGAUUUGAUACUGAUGAUGAACAAGCUAAAUGAGAAUUUAUUUAUCAGUAUUCAAUUCACUUCUGAAAAAGAUGUGUCAAUGGUGUGAUUAUCUUAUGCUUAGCUCAAGCUCAAAAUGACAGAAUUAGGGAAAGCAGAUUUUGGUGUAACAACUUUCUUUGCUAAAAGUCAUCCAAAUGACAAAUGUGGAUCUAAUGGACUUCCAUUGACUCCAAACUCAAUAAAAAUACUUGGUCGAUUUCAAGGAUUGACAACUAUACAUCAUCCCAGGUUGUGUAGAUACAUAGACAUUAGUAAAGGCAGGCAUGAAAGAUUAAUAGUUGUAUCAGAAUACUAUACAGAUAACUUACUUAAAAUUGGCAAAACAGGAAAAUAUGCAAGUGUUGAAGAAUUACUGACCUUGGCAUAUGAAGUGCUAGAGGGCUUGGUGUAUCUCAAUAGGAAAUCCAUUACACAUAGAAAUUUGUCUAAAUCUAAUAUAUUAUUUGAUACAAAGGGUAAUGUGAAGUUGUCAGAGUAUGGAUUGUAUCAUGUUACAGAAUAUGGUGCUAAUGUUUCAUUUCCAAUAGGACUUCCAGAGUAUAUGCCACCUGAAGUGUUAUGUGAUUGUCCAAUAGAAACAGAUGAACAUGCUGAUACAGAAACUGUAGUUACAGAUCCUUGUGGUCCUAAAACAGAUGUCUGGUCUCUAGGGGUUAUCUUGUUAGAGGUUUUUACUAAUGUUGAUUUAUGGGAAGGUCUAUCUAAUCCACAGAAAAUUUAUAGGACAGUAGAGUUCUUAAAUGAAGGAAAGCAUCCUUUUGACUUUUAUACAGAAGAAUACAACUUGCAGGAUAAAAUUAAGGUUUUGCCAGAAGGAGUUUUAGAUUUCAUAAGAAACUGUUUGAUAGUUAAUUCCAAAGAAAGACCAUCUCCAGAAUCUUUAUUACAGCAUAAAGUCUUCAGUGAACAUAAUACUAAUAAGAAGCCACAUAAGAAUGGAUUUAGAAUGUUUACUGUUCAGUUAAGGAGCAAAGAUUUGGAAUUGUCUCCUUAUGAUGAAAAUGGAUACACUGAAGAUCAUUUAUCAGAAAGAAGUAUGGAUGAGGUGUACUACCUCUGGAGGUUAGCAGGAGGAGAUUUAGAGGGAGUCCUCAAGUCACAGGGUCUAGUCAAAACAAAACCACCUGUUACAUUAAUACCAAACUUUUGCACUGGUGAUGGUGAUGUAUUUGGACAGAAAAGAGAUAGAGCUGAGUUACUGGACAACACCAUUGUUAUACUGUCUCAGGAACAACUUAGAAAUAGACUAUCAGAGGUUGAUGAAAAAGCAUAUUACCCACUAAUUCACACAGAUGAUGACAUGACAGAAUUUAAGAGAAUGCCCAAGUCCUCCAGUGCUGCUGACUUGUUAGAAACAGCCAGUCUGCCAUUAAUUAUCAGGGAAAAGGAUGUUGAAUACCAGUUUCACAGAGUGAUAUUAUAUGAGAGGUUGUUGAAAGCCUACCCCUAUACAAGAGCCAGGAUAUGGAAGGAAGCAAGGACAGAUAUACCUCCCCAUGUCAGAGCACAUGUCUGGGCUGCUAUACUUGAAGUUGAGGGUGAUAUUCACAGUUUGUACAGUUCUAUAGACAAAGAAACUGCAACACCUACUGAUAGACAGAUUGAGGUAGAUAUUCCAAGAUGUCAUCAGUAUCACCAGCUACUAUCAUCACCUACAGCACAUGCUAAGUUUAAAAGAGUUUUAAAGGCAUGGGUUUAUAAUAAUCCACAAUAUGUUUAUUGGCAGGGAUUAGACUCACUAUGUGCUCCUUUCUUAGCUCUCAACUUUAAUGAUGAAGCAUUAGCUUUUUCCUGUCUCCAAGCCUUUAUACCAAAGUAUUUACAUAAUUUCUUCAUGAAGGAUAAUUCUGCUGUUAUACAAGAAUACCUGUGUGUAUUUUCUCAUCUGAUUGCCUUCCAUGAUCCAGAACUUAGUAAUCAUUUAGAGGGAAUUGGUUUUAUUCCUGAUCUGUAUGCUAUUCCAUGGUUCCUAACAAUGUAUGCUCAUGUGUUUCCACUGCACAAGUUAGUCCAUUUAUGGGACACAUUACUGCUAGGCAACUCAUCGUUUCCACUGUGUAUUGGUGUGGCUAUUCUCACUCAGCUCAAAAGUAGCCUGAUAUCUUUUGGAUUCAAUGAAUGCAUUUUACUGUUUUCUGAUAUGCCGGAGAUUAACAUAGAGCUGUGUGUACAGGAUUCUAUUAGGAUAUUUUGUAACACACCUAAAAGUGCAAUCUAUAGACAGCAUGCUAGACCAGCUAAGAAGACUAUCAAAGCUGACAGCCGUCCUAAUUUGUCAUAUUAUUCUAGAGAUUAUAAUGACCAACCCACAAACGAUUUGUCAAUGGAACCAAAAAGCAUUGAAGAAUUAAGAGCAGUUAAAUGUCCACACAUAUCUGCUGAGGACAUGAUAGAGCUUGGAGAAUUUAGUGGUCCAGUCCAGUCUAAAAGUCCAACCAAACGAAAACACAACAGUAAACCAAUGCUGUUGGUCAUUGAUGUUCGAGUACAAGAAGAAUUUAAUAAAGGUACCAUCCCCAGCAGUAUUAACAUUCCGUUCCAAUCAGCAUUCGGUCCUGAAGGUGACCUGAACCCUUGUCCUGCUGUGACGACCUUGAAUGCUCAUCCAUUACAGGUCAAGGUUGUAGUAGGAGGCAGAAAUAGAAAUGCAGUGAAUUUUGCAAAUGAGUUAGUGAGAUUAGGAUACAAGAAAGUAUGUGUUCUGUUUAAAGGGAUCGAUGUUCUGAGGAAUACCACCAUACUGACUAUACCUCCUGCAGAUAUAUAAGAUUAAUGACAUUAUUAAUAUAGUUAUACAAAAUUCAAACUGUUAUGUUUGUGGUUCCAUGGUAACAAACAUAUAAUAUUAUAAUCAAAUAUAAAAGUGUUAUGUUCGUGUUUCUAUGGUAACACGCACUAGUGUUAUUACUAUAUGUAUGACCUUAUAACCUUUCAGAUUAACACCAUAAGUAUUACAGUUGUUUUUUUUAACUUUCACAUACUGAGAUGUCUAUUUAUUUUAUUUUUUCAAAUACUUAAAAGUAUUCAUUUAAAAUAUUUCUUGUUUAUGAUUUAUUUUCUAAUGGUCUACUUUGUAUGAAUUAUUGUUUCAUAUAAAAUAUAUUCUAAUUCUAGUUCAAAGCGUCCAAUAUUGUAAAUAUUUCUUAAGAAAUUAAAGUGAAAAAUGGCAGAUCUAAUUAUUUUUAAAGUUUUAAAUUUGUGAUUCAUGUAAUAUAUACCGGUAACCUACACAGAAUUGUCAUUGCUUUGUUCAGUUAUUUACCUUAUGACAAAGUUAAUACAUUCAUUCAAUAGUUGACUGACUUGAAGUAACAGUCUUUUAAUCAGUGUGUUACAAGAAAUGUAACAUACUGUAAAUCAUUAAAUAUUUGCAUGUAUUUAUUAUUGCAGUUGUUGAACUAUGGAAAAAAAGUGGGGUUAAUAAUUAUGCCUUCAGGAAACACAGCUUACAAAUAAUUGUAUCAAAAGUUUUAUUGUAAGUUUUUAUGGUUGCGAAACAUAUCCAAUUGCAUUUUUUGCAAUAAUAGAAAUAUUGCAAAAAUUUUGAAAUUUACUGUACUAUAUAAAAUGAUUGUUUGGUGCAUUUUAUUCAUUAUUGAUAAUUUUAAUAAUAUUAUGUGCAAUAUUUGUUAUUGAAAGAAUUGUUAAUAAAGUUAUAAUGAUAUUGAAAGUCA